CGUGUCAGCAAAGUAAGCAGUAUACGCGUCGCUGCUCAUUUGUUUUUACUAGAAGCGCGUCAAUCUCUAAAUGGAAACAUAAGUAUCACGUGCGACGACAAAUCAGACCGCGUAGUUCAUUACAUAUUUUCCCCACGUGACUUUCGCUCUAUGUCUCUCGCAUUCAUACUAAACCACUACUAUUAUAUCUCCCCAUUAAAACUCCUUCUAUAGACGAUGAUUACGACUCAUCUAUCUAUAAGCAUCACCAGUACUAGAUAAUCUCCACACUCAACUACAGAGCAAAGUCGACAACUAUACUGUACUUGUCAAGAGGUAUCUUAGUUUUUAGAAUUACCAUUUUGGAAUGGCGAGGAUGAUAGGACCUUUGGAAGUUGUACCGGCGAUUCAUAUUUUCCCAGUGAGGGUCUCAGCUUCACCGUCUUUGGGAACAAUAUAUGAGGAAAAAGAUGAAGAAAAAUUCAUUCAACACGAGAUCGAGACUCGAGAGUUGUAGAUUUUUGUAUUUUUGUUUGUUUAACCCAUUUUGUAAAAUCUGCAUUUGCCAUUGUAACCAUGAUAAUGUUUUGUUUUUGUUU